GAUGAAGUCAGUCCAGUUUUGCUUCCUCUUCUGCUGCUGGAAAGCACUCUGCAGCUACAGCUGUGAACUGACCAACAUCACAAUCACGGUGGAGAGAGAGGAAUGCCGCUUCUGCAUCAGCAUCAACACCACCUGGUGUGCGGGCUACUGCUUUACCCGGGAUCUGGUAUAUAAGGACCCAGCCCGGCCCAACAUCCAGAAAACAUGUACCUUCAAGGAGCUGGUGUACGAGACCGUUAGGGUGCCUGGCUGUGCUCACCACGCAGACUCUCUCUACACUUACCCAGUUGCCACUGAGUGCCAUUGUGGCAGGUGUGACACUGACAGUACUGACUGUACUGUCCGAGGCCUGGGGCCAAAUUACUGCUCCUUCGGUGAACUGAAAGAAUAAAGAAUGACGGCCAUUCUGGGCUACCCUCCCAUGUCCUGAAGGACAGAGAUACUCAAAAGUCUGAGCGUGCA